UCAUUCACCAUCACAGAUACCACUUAUGUACAUAAAAUCAGUCAUAAACAGCUUAAGCGUUUAAAGUUUAACACUAUUAGAAAUAAGUUUAUUGCUAAAAUGUUUGAAAACUGUUUUUUCUUUUAAAUCGAAAGUGUCUAUAUACGCAGUGGAAUGAUUCAAGUAGAAUCUAUUCCUAUAAAUUAAUUUUCCCCAAUGUCUUUGAUUGGUGAGAUAAAUUCCGACCAUUUUUAAAUAGUUCUAAACGUGCGUCGAUUCCCAAAGACCGAACCCAGAUGGAUCCCCAGCCAGCAAACCAAUGGGCAUGUUCCAAAUGUCCUAAAACGCUCAAAACCAAGCACACCCUAUGUUUCACGUUAUCAGGCACGAUCAAGACGCAAAGGUGAAAUGUGAGGUGUGCGGAAAAAUUUCCAAACACAGAUGCGCCUUAUCUGCCCACAUGCGGAAGCAGCACAGCAACCGGAAGAGACUUAGCUGUGAUACUUGUCAUCGGUUGUUUUCCACUUCUGACACUUUACGGCAGCAUAUUCGCGAUGUCCACGGCACGAUGGAACGACCUCGUUUCCCAUGCACAGUUCCCAGCUGUGGGAAAACCUACCAGCACAUGCGUGGCGUUUGGCAACACGUGAAACUUGAACACGCCGAGAAUCCUGUCCGAUACCCUUGCACACUUUGCGGCAAAGAAUUCAAAAGGAAGGAUGAACUUGAGCUACACAUUCCCACCCACACGACGGAGAAGCCAUAUAAUUGUGCCACUUGUGGGAGGAGUUUCGCCCACGUGGGAGGCAUGAAACGUCACGAGAUUACGCACUCGGAAAAAUCUACACGAGAAGUGUUAAAGUGUCACCUCUGUCCUCAGACCUUAUUAACUAGACGUGGUCUUCGAUCGCACGUUCAAUUUGUACAUGAAAAUCGGAGGGAUUAUCCUUGCGCAUUUUGUGAAAAGAGAUUUGCAACAAGAUCAGAUUUGAAGCGCCAUGUGGAGGCGAGACAUGCUGUGAAGAAGGAGCCGGCCUAUUCCUGCGACAAAUGCGAGUACAAGAGCCGUUCGGAGGCUUUGUUUUUUAAUCGAUAGCUCAACUCAAUGUGAACAUUUUGAUAUCUUGUUCAGUUCUCUACGAUUUUUUUGAAGAAAGUCAUGAAUUUUUGAAAAAGCGAAUUUUGAAAAGUUUAACAUU